AUGGCCCAUCAGCUUCAAAGGGGCCGCCCUCUGCAGAGCAACGCCCUGCCAGCUGCAGCUCUGCAGGUGCACGGUGCGCCCCUCCCCCCCUCCCGCUCCCGCCCCCUCCCUCCCGCUCCCGCCCCCUCCCUCCUGCUCUCCCCUCCACACGGCGCGACAGGACCGCAGCAGCAGCAGAGAGUUACAGGAGUUUCAAGAAGCGGGAGCUGUCCGACUCGACACCAGCAGCUGAUAGGAGCUUUGAACCACCAAAAGUCUCAGCAGCUCAAGGUGGAUUUACCCCCAGAGGAGACGACCACUACCACCAUUAACAUAAACCAGCUGAUAGACAUGGACCUGCUCAUUUCGAAGAAUAAGAAGCGUGAGGGCCAAACCCUCCCUGAAAAGUCAAAAGAUCAGGAGGAUGGAGAGGAGACAGACGAGCCAGAGGAGGAAAUGGACCAGUGCCCUUCAGACCCAGAUGUUCCUCCACUGAAGAGAACUGAGAGUGUCUUUCUUACAAAGAAAAUGCUUGGGAUCUCUGAAUAUAAAUCAAUGACAAGCAGUGAAAAAAGUGAGGAUGAGUAUGUGCCUAGUUCUACACCAGAAUCAGAAGUAUCUGAGAAAGAACUCAAACUGCUCAAGUCUCCAACAAACUACAGUUCAUCAAACUCGGAUGUUCGACGCUUGAACAAAGGUCGUGUGAAGCCUGUGAAAUGCAGACAGAGCACAUCUUCCUCUUUCCAAUCCAUGGCAGAUUGUGAGUUAUCCGAAUCCUCCAGUGACACGGAUGUAAAAGUCUUGAGGCUAAAAAAGAAAAAAAUGGUGGUCGAGUCUACGAUAAGAGGCAGUACUGUCUGUACUGUUGUAAACCAUAUGCCAAAAUUGCACGGCACUUGGAUAAGAAACACAGCAACUUGGAGGAGGUAGCACGAGCAUUCAGUUAUCCAAAAGGAUCAGUGGAGAGAAAGCUGCAGAUAACUCUAAUUCGAAAUAAAGGCAAUCGUCGCCACAACUUUGAGGUCCUGGAGGAGGGUAAAGGGGUGAUGGUUCCCUCUCAACAAAGCACUGAACCAGUGAAUGCAAAAGACUAUUUGCACUGCACAUACUGUGAGGCAUUACUCAAAAGGAAAGUGUUGUGGCGGCACAUGAAAAAAUGCAAAUUGGCAAAGAAAAGCAUGAAGCCAGGCAGAACCAGAGUGCAGUCACUUUGUGCUGCUGGACAGCCUGUCCCAAAGGAGAUCAAUGACAAAGUCUGGUGCCUAGUAAAUGGCAUGAAUCAAGACAACAUAACAGACACAAUUCGGCAAGAAAAAUAUAUUCUGAAGUUAGGAGAACACUUCUAUAACAAAAAAGGGACAGACAAAAGCCAACACCAAUAUAUCAGACAAAAAAUGCGGGAAAUGGGAAGAUUAGUUCUCCUAGCAAAGACCCAUGGCAAGCUGAAAACAAUACAUGACUUCUUUCUGCCAGCAAACUUCUGCCACGUUGUGAAAGCUGUGAAGAUGGUCUGUGGAUGGAGUGAAGAUACCAGCAGUUUCAAGAUUCCAUCCUUGGCGCUCAAACUAGGCCAUAGUCUAACUAAAAUAGCAGAUAUUGCAGAGUUUGAAGCAAGGAUGUCAGAGAACAAGAAGGCCCUUGAAAAUGUGAUGACGUUCAGGACAUUGAAAGAGAAUAAAUGGGAUGAGUGGGUGUCUUCGCAUGCACUGAGGAACCUCAGAGAGUCGAAGUGGAAUAAACCUCUUCUUAUCCCCUACUGUGAAGAUGUUGUGAGACUGCACAACCACAUUGACACAGAAAGGCCCAAGUAUCGAUCCAAUCUUGAAACUGCACCAAAUAAGAGGAACUGGUUAAAUCUUGCUAAACUAACACUUUGUGAAGUGAUCGUCUUCAAUCGUAGGAGAGAGGGAGAAGUUUCAAAGAUGUCCCUGAAUGACUUCAUGUUGAGAAACACCUUUGCCAGUAAUCCAGAUCUUGAUCUUGCCUUGACUGACAUGGAAAAGAAGCUCUGCAAAUACUUUGAGCGUGUGGAAAUCAAAGGUAAGCGGGACAGAAAGGUCCCUGUCUUACUCAGCCCAGACAUGGUGUCCUCCAUACAGAUGCUGGUGAGAUAUCGACGACAAUGUGAUGUGCCAGAUGAGAAUGUGUAUUUGUUUGGUAGACCUGAGGCAGAAAGUCACCUCAGAGGAUCUGAUGCCAUCCGUGCUAUUGCAUGUG